AUGGGAAUGUCGAACCUCACAGGACUUUCUGAGUUUAUCCUCCUGGGACUCUCCUCUCGGCCUGAGGACCAGAAGCCACUCUUUGCCCUCUUUCUUAUCACAUACCUGGUCACCAUGGUGGGAAAUAUGCUCAUCAUCUCGGCUAUCCACUCUGACCCACGGCUCCAAAACCCUAUGUAUUUCUUCCUAAGCGUCUUGUCCUUUGCUGAUAUUUGCUACACAACAGUCAUAGUCCCCAAAAUGUUGGUGAACUUCUUAUCAGACAAAAAGACCAUUUCCUAUGCUGAAUGCCUGACACAAAUGUAUUUCUUCCUGGCCUUUGGAAACAUAGACAGUUACCUCCUGGCAGCUAUGGCCAUUGACCGCUAUGUAGCGAUUUGUAACCCCUUCCACUAUGUCACUGUUAUGAACCCCAGGUGCUGUGCCUUGCUGCUGGCCUUUUCCAUCACUUUCCCCUAUCUCCACUCCCUCCUAUACGUCCUCCUGGUGAAUCAGCUCAACUUUUGUGCAUCAAAUGUUAUCCAUCACUUUUUUUGUGAUGGUUACCCUGUCCUGAAACUGUCCUGCUCUUCUACCUUUGUCAUUGAAGUUGUGGACAUGACAGAAGGGCUGGCCGACGUGAUGGUUCCUUUUGUCUGUAUCCUCAUCUCUUACUUGAGAAUCCUCAUUUCAGUUCUCAAGAUUCCCUCAGCAGCUGGAAAACGCAAAGCCUUCUCCACCUGCAGCUCCCAUCUCACUGUGGUGACCUUGUUUUAUGGAAGUAUUGCCUAUGUCUACUUUCAGCCGCUGUCCAACUAUACUGUCAAGGACCGAAUAGCAACAGUCACCUACACUGUGUUGACACCAAUGCUAAACCCAUUCAUCUACAGUUUAAGAAAUAAAGACAUGAAACGGGGCUUAGAGAAAUUGUUAAACAAGAUUAAGUCUCAAAUGGGCAGGUUUCCUUCUACAAAAGCCAAUAAAAUCUGUGGACCCUGA